CGCAAGGCGAUGACAUAACAGUAGCCAAAUGGGUGACCGGGUCGCGGUCGCCAUGGAGAUAGCCGAGCUGGGGGACUUAUUGCCUCAAAGGUGGCGCUUACUGAGCAGCCGGUUUGCGCAGCGCUCCGCCCACUAGGUGGCAGUGACCAAUAGCAUGAGAGGCUCUCUCUCACGGCUGCUACGUCACUCCAGGCCUGGGAGUUUGGGUCUGGGCUGUAAGAGUUGUUUCCUUUGCCGGUGGAGUCUCGUCCUCCACCGCUGACUCCAGAGAACCUUUAAAGAGUGGGCUGGAGGCUACGGCCCUUAGCAGAGGGGGGCGCCUGGUCACCGAGGCCCAGGGACCCACGCAGCGUCCUCUCCAGUCCGCGGUGGUCGACAACAGCACUCCUGGAAUUGCGUUUCAGCCGACCUUGAGCUCAGAGAAGCCUGGCCUGUUGUAGUUCCCGCCUGCAGUUACGUUUGCCCAGGAGCACCAUGGCCCAUGUUGUCUUGAUUCCUGGGUUCUGUCGCCGUCCUGUGGGAGCCAUCUGCACUCAGGCUGCUUUGUGGGGAUUGACAGCCAGCACUUUGCGUCACCUUACGCUAACCAGCAUAAUGAAAUCCAAAAGGAAAACCGAUCACUUGGAGAGAACUGCAACCGCCCUCCGACAGGAGGUCGUGGCUGUGGCUAGGGUGUGUGAAAUUGCCCACGAGUCUCCGUCAGUGAAGAGUCUUCGCUUGCUUGUCUCCGAUAAAGACUUCUCCUUUAAGGCUGGCCAGUGGGUUGAUUUCUUUAUCCCAGGAGUCUCAGUCGUUGGUGGGUUUUCAAUUUGCUCCAGUCCCCAACUGCUAGAACACGAGAGAAUAAUAGAAUUGGCAGUGAAAUACACAAACCACCCUCCUGCUGUCUGGGUUCACAAUAAGUGCACACUUGACUCCGAAGUGGCGCUCAGAGUGGGUGGAGAGUUCUUCUUUGACCCUCAGCCCACAGAUGCCCCUCGAAACCUCGUGUUGAUUGCUGGAGGGGUCGGGAUUAACCCCCUGCUUUCCAUCCUGCGCCACUCAGCAGAUCUCCACCGAGACCAAGCAGACAGAGGAAGUAGCUGUGAGAUAGGAACAAUAAAACUGUUCUACAGUGCAAAGAACACCAGUGAACUCCUAUUUAAGAAAAAUAUCCUCGAUUUAGUAAAUGAAUUUCCUGAGAAGAUUACUUGCAGUUUGCAUGUUACAAAACAGAUGACACAAAUCAGUGCAGAACUUAAACCGUACAUCACAGAAGGAAGAAUAACGGAGAAGGAGAUAAGAAACCACAUUUCAGCAGAGACUCUGUUCUACAUCUGCGGCCCACCUCCGAUGACUGACUUUUUCUCUAAGCAACUGGAAAACAGCCAUGUUCCUAAGGAGCACAUUUGCUUUGAGAAGUGGUGGUAGGGAGCCGGCACAGAAGACCUGAGAGCCAUUCAGGAAAGUGAGACUCUGUUUAGGAUUUGUGGAUUUGCCUCCCUCUAAGCUAUCCUUUUUUAAAGCUGUGGAACUAAGUGUCCAACCCAACACUGAAAGAAAAACGAGCAGCAGAUUUACAUGAUAAACUUGCUGGGGACUUCAUUGGUCAAGCUACUUUUGACUAUACUGAUUUUUUUAAUACUAUUUAAUUAUCUCAUGAUAGUCCAUUGUUACGGAGUUUCUGACCCCUGGGAGAAUACCAUAGACUCAAUCCAAAAAUAAUGAAAAGGCUUACUAAUUGCUAGCAGGACAACAAUCUGUGAGCCAUAUUGAGAUUGCCAUGAAGGAGGGGUUAAGGAAGGGUUUUUAAAGAAGAAAGCCACACGAAGACCUUCAGUAUCUACACAAGCGAGCAAAAACUGCUCUGUUCUGUCAAGUGGUAAAAGCGACUCGAAACAAUCUUCAGGUAUCUGUGUGAGCAAGUUACAGAAGCUAAAAAAAGCAGGUAGUCAUAUCAACAUGACUGUAAAUUUUUCUGGUUGGGGGGCACUGAGUCAUGUGCUGUUUUCUGGGAACCAUCUUUCUGGAAUUUUGAGUCUAGAGCAAACAGUCAUUAGGUACUAAGAUGGAGGCCUAACACAAAAUGGUUUCUCUGGCAGGCUUUUACACCAUGAACUGAUUUGAUUAGUACAGAUUUUUCUUUGCCAUUGGGGCAAAAGUAUUCUACUUACAUUAAUUAAAGGAAAAUGUGCCGGGCGGUGGUGGCACACGCCUAUACUCCCAGCACUCAGGAGGC